GUGGGGAGGGGAAGGGGAAACACCUUACAGCAAAAUAAGAUGGCGGCCAUAUAAGAUCUAUAAACAAUCUUUCGGAGCCUUUUUUUCUUUCAUUCCCUUUGUUUCUUCGAUGUUUCAGUUCUAAAUGCUCAGUCGUUGGUGCUUUUGAAUUCCUGUUUGGUGUUAUAAUUUCAUAGUUUUCUAGUACAGCUCAUCGUACCCACUUUUUCUACAAUGUUCAGCAAAAAGAAGAAGAAAUUGGACAUUUCGCUGCCUAAAAAUUUUGAACAUAGGGUGCAUACAGGCUUCGACAAACGCGAGAACCGCUACGUCGGACUACCGCCACAAUGGGCGGGCAUCGUGAGUCCUACGCCGUCGGCCAAGGGAGCCUUAUCGUCGCGACCGACGCCUUUAAUCGAUCCAUCUGAAAUCACCCCAACAGAAGUACUAGAUUUGAAGAAGGAUGUGUCGUUGCAGACGAUCGUUCGAGGGGAAGGCAAGAACGCGGGCAAUGGUGGCAGCGCCGGUGGUAGAAAUGAUAAUGGAAACGGAGGACCUGGACUACCUCGGACAUCCAGUGUUGUCCGUUCCAACAGUCUCCGCUCUUCGAGUCCACCUAAAGCACGUAAAGAUUAUAAACCCAUGUUACCCGUUCCAGAAAUGGGUGAAGGUGGCGGAGGAUUAGGAGAAACGUCACCUCUGCCUUCACCAAAUAAUGCAAACUAUCCUACUGGUCCACCCGCCUACGGGUCUGGCUAUCCGGCGCCGCAGCAACAACAAUAUCCUCAAGGAUAUUUUCCGCAUCAACAUCAAGCCGUGCCAAGAGACGUGCGAGACGGAAUGGGACGUCCAAUUCAUCCACAGGGAAUCCUCCGUGAAGGAAACUAUCCCAUGCCUCAACAGCAAAUGCCGUCACAUCAGCAGCAGGGUCCCCCAGCACCAAACUAUCCUGCUCCCCCGCCAGUCCAGCGGAAUUCUCAGAUGAUAGUGAAAGCCGUGCCGAUGCAAACACAGCCGGGGCAUCCUAUGCAUCCACAAGGGGGAAUGCAGCCGUCGCAGCAACAUGGCAUGCAUCCAGCACAAGGAAUGCAUCAGCCUGGCGGAGGACCAAGACCACAAGGAGGUGGCGUAAAUCCUGGCAGCACAAGCCCGUCACCGGGUUAUCCGAUGAAUCAACAUCCUGGUCAUCACGGUGGAAUGCCGGGUCAUUUGCAAGUCCAAACUGGCAAUCACUAUCCACAGAAUAACCACGGACAAAGCCAAGAAUAUCGACCACCUCUACCACCACCUUACCAGCACGGCGGUCAGCCUAAUGGUCAGAACCUUAAUGGUCAUCCAGGACCUCAACAGCCCAACACGCAGCCAAUGAAACCACCGCAUUUGACACUUCCACCGCAGCAUUCAGGGCCUCACUCCAACUCGUCGACAUCGUCUCAAUCGCACUCUCCGCUUCCGCGGAGUCCAACGACUCCUCAACCGCCCAAUACUUAUCGUCCACCAAGUCAACAAUUUCAAAACAUGACUCUGAAUAACGGACAUCAACAACAACAACCUGCCACAGCCCAUCCUCAACAACCAGUGAGAUAUCAGCAGCAACCCCAGUCUAAUCCAUCCGGUCCACUACCAGGCCCUCUUCCGCCGAAAAUCAGUCCACAGCCACCACGACCGCCAUCCAGCAAUGCGGUCAACAAUAACAGUGGAGCAGAUCAAAAUCAAAACACGCUGAACAACAGCAAAAGCGUCAUGGUGGCGAAGUCUUCGGCUGCAGCUGCCGCGUCUGCCGCCGCCGCCGCAGCGGCGGCAGCAGCAGCAGCACAGGAACAACAACAACAGCAACGAUUGACUCAUGAACAGUUUCGUGCCGCUUUACAAAUGGUCGUUAGUCCAGGUGAUCCCCGAAUUAAUUUGGACAGUUUCAUCAAGAUUGGCGAAGGAUCCACUGGCGUCGUUUGCAUCGCUGUAGAGAAAAAUACUGGCCGACAAGUGGCCGUCAAGAAGAUGGAUUUAAGACGCCAACAACGAAGAGAACUUCUCUUUAACGAGGUUGUCAUUAUGCGCGAUUAUCACCACCCGAACAUCGUCGAAAUGUACGACAGUUUUCUGGUCGGCGACGAACUGUGGGUGGUGAUGGAAUAUCUGGAGGGCGGUGCCCUGACGGAUAUUGUCACACACGCUCGCAUGGACGAAGAACAAAUUGCUACUGUUUGUCUCCAAUGUCUGCAAGCGCUGGCUUUCCUUCAUUCACAAGGAGUCAUUCAUCGCGAUAUAAAAUCUGAUUCCAUCCUUUUAGCCGCCGAUGGAAGGGUUAAGUUGUCUGAUUUCGGCUUCUGCGCUCAAGUGUCACAAGAGCUACCGAAAAGGAAGUCUCUAGUGGGGACGCCCUAUUGGAUGUCUCCGGAAGUGAUAUCUCGCCUACCUUAUGGCCCUGAAGUUGACAUUUGGAGUUUAGGUAUAAUGGUGAUUGAAAUGGUGGACGGGGAACCGCCCUUCUUUAAUGAGCCCCCCCUGCAGGCCAUGAGACGAAUUCGGGAUAUGCCCCCACCCAAGUUGCGCAACGCUACCAAAGUUUCCGCCCGUUUACAAGGUUUGGAUCGUAUGUUGGUGCGAGACCCCGCUCAAAGAGCCACCGCCUUCGAGCUGCUUCAUCACCCAUUUUUGAGGCAAGCCGGACCUCCAGCUCUGCUCGUCCCGCUCAUGAGAUCCUUCCGACAUUCGCCUACUUAGUUUGACAGCUCCUAUCGUCAUAGGGCAGACCCCAACAGUCUUGUUUUUCAUUUUUUUUUUUUUUUAAAGAAGGGCGUGGUUGACAAUGGACAACCCGUCAAACCCAAUGUAUUUUAUUGCUUUCGUGAAAAUCGAGGCAAUGAAAACCCCAAAGUAUUUUUUUCUGUACAUUAAAGUAAAAGAAGACGGAUGGCAGCUCUUCCAGCUCAUUGAACAAGUUGGAAGCGAUUAAUUUCAAACAACAGACGAAAUUAACAAAAGAAAAAUCGCCAUAUAAUUUGACAUUCUUUUUUGUUUCUUUUGAGCUGACAAAAAAAAAAAAAAAAAGAAAAGAAAAAUGACGAAAGUAGGGUGACGUAUCGUUUAUAAUUAAUUUCUGUGUUAUCAGUAUCAUAUCAGCCUUAAUUCUCCUUUCCCUCCUUUCCGGAUUGUUCCGUCCAAAUGUAGUGCCUCUGUCGUGUCGAAUUUUGCAAAUACCUUUUUUUUUUAUCUAAUUCAUUUCUUUCUCUGUAUUUUUUUUUUUUUUUAAUAACGAAAAACGAAAAAAAAAAAGAUUUUUGACGUUUAAUAGCCCAAGAUGUAAUUUCGUCUACCCACAUUUUAUUUCCUCGUUUUCCGUCCGAUCAUCAUCAUUUUCUCCUUUCGCACUUGUCUUGUUUGUUUCUCUUUGCGUGAGACUCUCGUGUUCGUCUCGAUGGCUUUCUCUUCGUUACUCGUUUAUCCUCUUCUUUCGCGGUUCAACACAUUACGCCAAUCGCGCAAUCCAUUACCCUUGAUGUCUAAUAAUGGUAACGAAAAUACAAGAGACGAGACCCACCA